CCUCCCGCGGCCGCGACACGGCUUCCUCUGCCUCGGGACACGCAUCUCCCUCCGCCGUCAUCCCGUCAUUUUCCUUCCGCCUUAAGGAUAACGUCAAAAUUUAAGGAACCCCUUCAACCCCGUUAGCCAGCCCGCAAGCCUUCGUUUCUUCUGUAACUGAUCAUUUGGAACAGAGCAGAGAUCCUCGGAGUCCGUAAAGAUCGGUAAUCGACCAGCCAUGUCUUCUUCUCAUCCGGAGAAACCAUCCCAGAAUCCCACUGUUUCCUACCCGGAAGUCAUCCUCUCGAACCCAGAAGCCGCCUUGUCCUCGUCCCGAUCAUCUCCUGCUUCUUCCUCUUCCUCCUCUCUGUACCCUUCCUUGGACAUGCCGAAGGACGCCGUGGCGGAGAACCUUUUCCCGGAAUCGGAAGACUCCAUUCCCAGAAGCACCGGUGGGACCGGGCCGUCCUCCUCGUCGGAGCGAGUUCUGGUUAGGGUGCCGGGUGCCAUAGUCCACCUGAUCGAGCCCGAGAACAGUGUCCAGCUUGCCAGCGGGGCCCUCUCCGUGGUGGCGCUCGAGCAGGAUGGGAACGUGGUGGCCGUCCUUGCCCGCGUCAGCGGGGAUGGUGAGGAUGAGAUACAGUGGCCGCUUGCGAGGGAUGAGCCCGCCGUGAAACUUGAUGGGGCCCACUACUUCUUCACCCUCCGUGUACCUUCGAGCGGGGGCGAGCCCGGAGAGUUCGAGCUGCUGAAUUACGGGCUGACGAUCGCCGCCAAGGGGCAGGAGGGCCUGCUGCUGGAGUUGGACCGGGUCUUGGAGCAGUACAGUUGCUUCUCCGUACAGAAGGUGAAGAAGAUGGAGGGUUGGGAGAUGAUGGCACAGGACACAUCCCCGGAGGAGCUGGAGUCGGAGAAAGAGAAGAGGAAGAAGGUGGCAGAGAAUUCAGGGGCGUACUGGACGACCCUGGCCCCAAAUGUGGAGGACUACAGCGGGCGGGUCGCGAGGCUGAUAGCAAGCGGGUCGGGGCAGCUCAUUCGGGGAAUACUGUGGUGUGGGGAUGUGACUGUGGACAGGCUCAAGUGGGGGAAUGAGUUCUUGAGCAGAAGGUUGAGGCAGGGCGAGACCUCUGAGAUUAGUCCUGCCACCAUGAGGAGGAUCAAACGGGUGAAGAAGCUGACGAAGAUGUCCGAGAAAGUGGCCACUGGGAUCCUCUCCGGAGUCGUGAAGGUCGCGGGAUUCUUUACUAGCUCAAUUGUGAACUCCACAGUUGGAAAAAAGUUCUUUAGCCUCCUCCCUGGAGAAAUUGUACUUGCCUCUUUAGAUGGAUUCGGCAAGGUCUGUGAUGCUGUAGAAGUGGCCGGGAAGAACGUCAUGUCAACUACGUCAGUGGUAACAACUGGGCUUGUCUCUCAGAGGUAUGGACAGCAAGCAGGGCAAGUGACCACGGAGGGAAUGGGUGCUGCAGGGCAUGCUAUCGGGACAGCCUGGGCAGUAUUCAAGAUAAGGAAGGCUCUCAAUCCUAAGAGCGUCUUAAAACCAACCACCCUUGUGAAGGCUGCUGCUCAGGCAAAUUCUUCCGAGAUCAAAUCGAAAAACAAGAACGGCAGCUCGUAAUUUUCGUUUUUCUUUUUUCGGUUUUCCCUUAUCUUUUUUUUUUCCCCCUGUUUUCUCCGUUUGCCUGGCUUGUGGAAAUCGUGAAUCAGUUAGUAUCAAACAGAUAAUUUGUUCUCCUCUUUCCCUUCUUGGUUUUCUGUAACUUGGAACAGACGCAGCAGUAUUGGGAAUGUCGUAAUUUCUUGAUUCAUUUUACGGGAA